UCGUGGUUUCCAAGUUUCAAGCUCCAUCCGUCCACCGCUCCCAAGAGAGAGAUCGGGAACACCGAUCCGACUGUGAGGAGAGAAAGAGCGAAAGAUGAGCGGCGGAGAUCUUCAUCUGCCACCGGGGUUCCGGUUCCAUCCGACGGAUGAGGAGCUCAUGAUGCACUAUCUCUGCCGGAAAUGCGCCGCCCUGCCCCUUGCCGUUCCCAUCAUCGCCGAGAUCGACCUCUACAAGUUCGACCCCUGGCAACUCCCCGGGAUGGCGUUGCAUGGGGAGAAGGAGUGGUAUUUUUUCUCGCCGAGGGAUAGGAAGUAUCCGAACGGGUCGAGGCCGAACCGGGCUGCCGGUUCGGGUUACUGGAAGGCGACCGGGGCGGACAAGCCGAUCGGGACGCCGAAGCCGGUGGGGAUAAAGAAGGCAUUGGUGUUCUAUUCUGGGAAGGCGCCCAGGGGGCUGAAGACCAACUGGAUCAUGCACGAGUACCGGCUAGCGGACGUCGACCGGUCCGCCCGCAAAAAGAACAGCCUCCGGCUGGACGAUUGGGUGUUGUGCCGGAUCUACAACAAAAAAGGCGGCGCGGAGAAGGCGGCGGGAUCCGAUCGGAAGGCGGCCGGUUCGAGAACUGUCGUGCUGCCGGAGCCUGAGCGGAAGCCGGUGUUCGUCCCGCACGUGCCAGAUCUCGUGCACUUCGAUCCGGCGGACUCCAUGCCGAGGCUACACGCGGACUCGAGCUGCUCGGAGCAAGUGCUGUCACCGGAGGUCACGUGGGAGAGAGAGGUCCAGAGCCAGCCGCAGGCAGCGUGGAGUCACUGGGAGAAGGCCCUCAACGUUCCGCUUAAUAACGACGGUGCCGCUGCCGCGGCCGGUGGGGUUGAGUUCUUCCCGCAGCUCGAACCGGGUUCGCUCGAACCCGAGUUCAGUGACCCGCUCCAGGACAUCCUCAUGUAUCUGGGCAAGCCCUUCUGAACCGGCACGUGAGAGGAAGGGCGCUUGCUAAAGUACGCAGUUGUGGGACUCUGUUGAGUCGGAGUCACUCAGGCGAGCCGCAGUGGAAUCGGAGGAUGUGUAGCCGUCGGAUCAUGAUCUGAUGGAGCUGAUGUAGAAGUGAUGUGGUGGCGAUGAGACCGUGUGGCUCCGACUCGUGGGUGGAGGUUUGGUGGGUUACUGGGUUGUGGAUGUGUGUAAAAGUCAUACCGUCGAUAAAGAAAAUUGGGUGGGUUAAAGUCAUACCGUUGAUAAAGAAAAUUUUGUCUACUUGGGGUUAUGUAAGUGUUAUAAAUUACAAGUUCUUAUGAAAGGAUUUUUGUUAUUUUCUGGAUGAUGUUGGGUUGCUUUAGUUUUAGAAUUUCUGAUAUCAGUCCUAAGUUUAAAAAAAA